AAUCAAACGUCAUCAAGAAAGAGGAAAUGAAAACGGGCAAAACAUUCAGCAAGUUAAGUUAGCUAGCUAACGUUUUAGGUUAACAUUAAUUACAACCUUCUGUUAAUGUCUUGUCCAUGUAGUUAAUCGGACAAGCAUUUUUAGUUAGUGACCGCAUUCUUGUAGCACCAGGCAGUAAACUGACAUGUUAAAAUGCUGGCCAAAUCUGACACUGGUGGCCACAAUGCUUUGGAGGUUGAACUCCUCCCUAACAACGAGUUUUGCAGAAAUAUCAGAGACGUAGUGAAGAUUAAAAUGGCUAAAAGCUGUCCUUUGCUGUGCUGCUUAAAUGGCAGCGGAACGUUGACCGUGGCAGACGUUUCUGAGAGUUCUGCCUCCGGAAGAAUGAUUGACGGCUCGUAUCAAGACUUUGCAUGGGAGGAAGUAAUGGUACAUAAUUCUCUGAGACGGAGUCCCAGGCUGCUCACAGUGGGGUCUGAAUGUGAACUUCAUCUUCAUGAAAUGGGCACAUUGAGCUCUAUGCCCUGCGCAGCGGAGAACUUUCUGUGGAAGGUGCAGGAGAAGGAACCGGGAGUUUCUCAGUUGGCUUCCUUGAGGCUGCUGUCCUUCGCAGAUGGAAGGUGCUCAGUCCUGCUCAACACCCGCGUUCUGGUGCAGCUGCUAUGGGAGGAGGGGCCCUCCGAGCCUGAGAUCCUGUCCUGCUGUGGCCUUGAUCUCCCCCCUGACGACUUGGACAAGGCUGUAGAUUACCAGACCUGCAUGGGCACACUCCUUGUGUUGGCCAGCACCGGACACAUCUAUGUCUUUGACAGCACCGACGGGAAGCAGCUUGCAGGCAUCGACCUCUGCCCUCAGCCUUCAGACCAAUCAGCUGGGCAGACUGGAGAUGACAUCACUCCAGCCCAGCCAUCCUUCUGCCUCUUCCAGGUGUCCCAGGACCUCAGCACAGCUGUGGCCACCACCUCCUCCAACUCUGCGCUCGUCGUCAAUCUCAACGAGUAUUUUAGGAGGAACCCUGAGCACCUCCUGUGCCGUGUGGCCCCAACACGCCCUCCUCUCCAGCCCCAGACUCCUACUGACCAGGAUGGACUUUCCAGUGCACAACACAGCCAGGCUGUCCUGGGCACCUCCUUCCUUUCUGACCGCUCCUGGGAAGCUCAGUUGUCUGCGAUGUACAGCAAGGCCAGAGCUCCGCUGCAGCCUGACCCCGAAACGGCCCCCUGGUUCCGCGACUUCCCUCAGGCAGAGUGCCAGCGGGCCGCGGCCGGGGUCAGCGCGUCCCAGAGGGGGGCCGUGCCGGACGGGGAGCUGGUGCCGUUCACGGUGCCGGAGGGCGCGGUCCCGGCCAUGCUGUCCGUCUCCAGUUUCUCCGCGGUGAUGACCUUCCUCUGCCCCGGAAACAGUGAGGCGGUGGUGGCCUUCUGGGACCUGCAGAGCCAGAAUGUGACCUAUCACUGCCCCACCGCACCCUGCGUGCCCGUCCAGCGCUGUGCUGAUGAGCAGCUCAGCCUGCUUCUCAAAGAGAGCGGCCUGUCUCUGCUGCUCUUCGCCGUGUCCCAGGAGGAGCUGCUUAACAGGCUGAUGGUGUUCGGCACUGCCGGCACCGUGGACUCCCUCUGCCACCUGAACGACUGGGGCCGCUGCUCCAUCCCCAUCCACGCCCUGGAGGCCGGGCUCAGAAACCAUCAGCUGGAUACUGUCGACUUCUUUCUGAAGAGCAAAGAGAAUAUUCUCCAUCCAUACAGCCUACCCGAGCAGUCUGUUACCAUCACAACCCAGACACAGUUAAAGAACGUGCGAGACCUGUGCCCAGCCCUCGAUCUGCUGAGUGCGGCCAUCAGAGACACCCACGCUGAGCCGCAGAGCAAGCAGUUCUCCGAGCAGCUGCUGAACAUUACCCUCACCUUCCUCAACACCCAGGUCCAGAACAUCCUGUCCAACACGGAGGAUCUGGAUGUCAGCCUGCAGGAGUGCAUGGACAUUCUGGGCAGGUAUAUCUUUGACCUGCGGGCGUUCAUGAAGAGGUUCCCUUGGGGGCGCGCCACGGUGACCGAUGGCCCGCCUCCUGGCCCUGCCUCCGCCCCCGGACCGGAAGUCUGCCGGGAGGACGGCUGGAUCCACCUCUCGGCUGAAGAGGUGAUUCGGCGCGCCGUGAUGACCAAUGAGAUCGCGCGUGCCCAGGCUCACCUCCGCAGCACGCAGAGCCCUGAACAGGGGCUGGGGGAGCUGAGACAGGCCGGGCUGCUCCUGGCCUUCCGCUGCAUGACCCGCAGAGACCUGGGGCAGGCCACCGCCCUGCUCCGCAACAUGGGCUUCAAUGUGAAGAAGCAGUUGCAUAACAUAUGCCUCUACACUGAUGACAGCGACCUGCGGGACUUUGUGGUGGAGGAGUUAUCAAAGCAGAACUACUUGCCAGACGAGGAGGUAAAGAUGGUGGAGUUCAUCAAACGUGUUGGACGGUUGUGCUCCGAGCCCGCCAGGAGGUGUAACCACUCUCUGAGCAGGAGGAGGGUUGUGCAGAUGCAGCAGUCUGACCCCGGCUGCAGGGCUCUGCUGGAGUCCCUUCUGAGUGAGGCGGAGGCGCACUCCUCCCCGGCUCUCUGGAGCUCCAUCAGGCUGGACUGGGUCAGGCACUGGGACCCCAAAACUCAGGCCACCAUCCUGCUCUCCCGACUGCAGGACCCAGAGGCGAACUCGUGCGACCCUGCGGUCCUGUGGCUGUACCUCACCUCCCUGCACGACCGGGAGAGAAUCACCCGCUGGAUCGAGAGCCUGCCCCCCCAGGACCCUGACCCCUCCGCCCCCUCCCGGUGGCCAGCCCUGGCCGCCGCCGUCGUCAAUGACAACACCGCAUGCAGCAGCCACACGAGGAACCAGAUCCUGGACCUACUGGCACAGAAGGGCGUGUUCGUCGAGGCAGAGCUGUCCGAAUUCGAGCAGCUGCUGUGGAGGCUGAGCCAGGCGGGGGGAGUGAUGCAGGCCGCUGCCCCGGUCCCUCUCUUCUGCUCCCCGCAGGGCCACGACUUCCACACCUGCUUCAUCCACCACUGCCUGGAGAACGGCCUGAGAUACCUGCUCUAUGCCUACCUGCGGCACUACCAAUUAACACCCAGAAAUUGCCCAGCCCUGGCUGACAGAAGCCUGUAUGAAAGCCACCCCUGGUUUGAGAUGCUGAUCAGGAUACAGGAGAUUACAAGAAACCUGGCAGACCCUCAGCUGGUUUUCCAGGCCAGCCUGACUAACGCCCAGAUCCUGAUUCCUGGCAGUCAGGCCAGUGUCAGCAGCAUGCUGCUUGAGGGCCACAGCCUGCUCGCCCUCUCCACCAUCAUGUUCGCCCCGGGGGGCAUCGACCAGGUCGUGAGUCAGAGACGUGAAGAGGGAGACUCGCAGUGGAGAGUGGACCUCCAGCUUCUGAAGAUGGCCUUGACCCCGUACCCAAAACUGAAGUCUGCCCUGUUCCCCCAGAGCAGCCCUCGUGGCACCCCUCCCCCUGACACCACAAUCUACCACCUCAUGCAGUCUUUGCACCCAUUGGAUCCUUCAAGGUUGUUUGGUUGGCAGUCGGCCAAUACAUUAGGUCCCACUGACCCAUCUGCAGAGCUACCUCAUUUCUCCAGCCCACACUUGGUCAACAAGUACGCCCUGGUGGAAAGCCUGGAUUUCCUGUAUUACCUCCGCCACGGCCGGCCCUCGUUCGCCUUCGGGACCUUUCUGGUGCAGCAGCUGGCACCUUCCAACAGUGUGGCCUCGCAGCUGCGGCUGGCAGCGGAACAGGCCUACAGCCUGGGCCUCCUCCACUUCAGCGUCCCGUCGGUCGCGGCCGCCUGCGUCUGCUUCUGCGAGCUCCUGGGAGCCAGCAGCCUGAAGCUCAGGGUGGACCUCAACGUCCUGGGCCUCAUCCUCAAGUUCUGCUCCCAGAGUGCUGAGGACGACCAGCUCGCCACCCUGAGGGACACUUUAGCCGAUAAGGGCAGCAAGCUCGCGGAGGCGGAUAGGCGGACAGCGGAGGAGUUGCUGGUGGACUUGGAGGACGCGGUGAAAGACGUUGUGGAGAAGAAGGACCUUGGCAGGUCCUCGUACGAGGCGGGGAAAGAGUGGGCUUUGGCGGUGCAGUUCUGUGAGCUCCAUGACCUGCCCCUGACCGCGGUGUACCCGCGAGGCUGCGCGGCCGAUGGCCAAUGGCUGCCCUUCCUGCUCUUCAUCCAGCUGCACAGCUACCCCCCGCAGCAGGUUCGCUCCCUGGUCUCCCAUUUCAGCCCCACACUGCAGGCCCACCUCUCGCUGGCCUUCCAGCACCUCCAGCUGCGCUCUCAGUGGGAGCAGGAAGGCGGCCCUGGGUGCCAGCGGACCCUGCCCAGCGAGGAGGCCACCGAUCCCCCCAGGGACCUCUUCCAGGUGCUGCUGCGGAGCCAACGCCAGCCCAGCGCCUGGAAGUACCUGCUGGCCGAAGCCACGGACCAGCGCUGCCCGACCCUCACCGUGCUGGCCGCUUGCCAGCAGGAUGCCGAACUGCUCCAGUGCCUGUGCGUGUGGAUCCUCACAUCUGUGGAUGAUGUCACUGCAGAGGAAGCCUCCGCCCAUAUCAGCGAGGGCCUGAGACCUCACGAGUGGAACCUCUAUGACCUGUCAAUCAUUUGGAAGACACUGCUAAAGAAACGCAAGAUCAGGCCUCUGAUAAGAGGAUUCCAGCUGUUCCAGAGGGACUGCCCUCUGAUCCACAUGUUGCAAAUGUACGAGCUGUGCUACGAUUGCAAAAACUACCCAGAAGCCAAGAAGAAACUGGAGGCGUUCCAGAAAUGUUUGCUGAAUCUGAAGAGCAGCAGUGUGCAGGCUCCCGGGGGCAUCCCGGUGCAGUGGGCCGAGGCGCAGGCGUCGGUGCUGCUGCUGGGGGCGCUGCAGCAGUGUGCCACGCAGUACGAGCUGCGCAAGCUGCUGCAGCUGCUGGCCGACGUGGAGCACCUGCUCAAGUCCAACGGUCCCGAUUUUAAGAAGCUGAGCCAACUGAGCCAGAUACUGCAGGACACCCCUGUGCCCCUGAGCGCCUGCCUUCUGGAGAGCAGUUCCGCCGACGUCCUGCAGGGGGAGUGCCUGAGCAUGCUGGAGCAGCUGCAGCAGAAUGGCCUGUUCGCCCAGGCCAGGCAGGUGGCAGAGUUAGCCGGCCUGUCCAUCGAUGGAGUGGUGAUUAAUGAGCUCCUGCAGGACCUGCGCAGCCUCAAAGCCAAGCGGCAGUGGGAGCGGAAGGAGGCGCGCGUGGCCUUCUGGAGGAGGUGCCACGAGCAGUUCAGGAGCAACGGGAUGGGCGGGGAGGCGGCGUCCCAGUUCUUCCUCUCCCAGGCCCAGCAGUCGGAGCCCGCCCCCCACAGCCCCGCCCCGGCGGAGCUCCUGUGCGUCCAGGAGAAGUGCCUCCUGCUGGCCAUGGCCGGCCACUGGCUGUCCCAGCUCAGCCCCGCCCCCCUGGCCCGGCUGCAGGACAUGGAGAAGCGGGUGUGGCUGUGCCGCGUGCGCCAGAAGCUCCUCCUCUCGGCCAUGGAGAAGGAGAGCCUGUUCGCCCUCCCCGUCAUGGCGGCCGGGGACAACUCCUUCGAGGAGGCCAUCAAGGAGUUCUCCUUCACCAAGACGGCGGCGCUCCGCAGCCCCGCCCACCUGAGCCCCGGGGCCCUGUCCCCGGCGGAGGCCUCGUCGCCCGGCGACGGGGCGGGGCCGGACCCGGCCGAGGAGCGGGCGCUGGCGGGGCUGGUGGGGCAGCUGCUGGACGACGGCAGCAUCGGCGAGGCCACGCGCGUGUGCGGCUACUUCUCGCUGCAGCACCGCGACCUGACGCUGGUGCUGUACUGCCGCGCGCUGGCGGCCGGGGAGAUGGGCGUGGCCCAGCUGCAGGCGGAGCUGCAGAGCGCGCUCGCCGCCGCCGGGCCCCCGGACACUGAGGGGCCCGCGCAGAGGAGCCUGCCCAGCGUGUGCAGUUCCAGCAGUCUGUCCUCCUUCGUGGUGGUGCCCCACCCAGAGGACGAGGUGGUGACGCAGCUGCAGCUCCUGACGGACGAGUGUCGGCACGGGAAGAGUUACUGCAAGCAGGUCCUGAGCUUGUACGAGCUCUCCAAGGAGCUGAAGUGUGCCUACAGCGAGAUCUCGGCCGAGGAGCCCGAGGCGGUGCUGUGCAAGGUCCUCCUGUCCCAGCAGCCCGACCGCUACAAGAAGGCCCAGGCCUUCAUCGCCAUCCAGAACCUCCCGCCAGACGCCGUGGCUCAGAUCGUCUCCAGGGCCGUGGUCCAGGGCCUGCUGGCUGACGGCCAGGAGAAGGAGCCUGCAGGGAAGCCGAUCUACUGUCCCUCCGAUGGGAGAGAGGCCUUCCUGCAGCUGGCCAAGCUCUGCGGCGACCCCAACCUCGUCGGCACCAACCUCCUGGACAACAUCUCCACCAUUCCUCUGGGGGAGCUCGGCUGCACCGUGGAGCUGCUGAUUCUGGCCCACGACUGCUUCAGCCUCACCUGUAACAUGGAGGGCAUCAUGCGUGUGCUGCAGGCCGCCCGUCACCUCAGCCACACCCACCUGGCGCACAGCGAGCGCUACGGCCUGCUGGUGCGCCUCCUCACGGGCAUCGGCAGGUAUAAUGAGAUGACCUACAUCUUCGACCUGCUCAACCAGAACCACCGCUUCGAGAUGCUGCUGAGGAAGAAGGUGGAGUCGAACACUAGACUGAAGACUGCCUUACUGGACUACAUCAAGCGCUGCCUGCCAGGAGACAGUGAGAAACACAACAUGGUGGCUCUGUGCUUCAGUAUGUGCCGCGAGAUCGGGGAGAACCACGAGGGUGCAGCCCGCACCCAGCUCAAACUGAUCCAGUCCCAGCCCUGGGCAGUGACAGCAGAACUCAGAAAGGCCCUGACGAAGGUCCUGACGCUGUUGAAAGACGCUGCGGAGAGCUAUUCUAAGGACUCGUGCGUGCGUCAGGCCGUGCGCUGUGUGAAGCUGGCCAAACUGGUCACCCUGCAGCUCCACUUCCUCAGCCAGGGCCUGGGCCAGCAGGUCAUCAACCUGGGCCCUGCCGACCUGCUGGAGGCUGUCGUGGCCCUUCCCCGCUGCUACCAGGCAUUCAUCAUCGCGUCGGCCUACGAUUACACACCCGACUGGGCGGAGGUGCUCUACCAGAAAGUCGUCCUCAAAGGAGAUUUCGCCUACCUGGAGGAGUUCAAGCACCACAGGCAGCUGCAAGCCAGCCUGUUUGAGGAAAUAUCCAAAAAAUUUGCACAUUCAAAGCCCCCCGCCAGUGCCAGCCAGAAUCUGAAGAAGCUUCUGAAACACUGCGAGGAUGUGUACACCUACUACAAGCUGGCAUAUGAGCACAAGUUUGAAGACAUUACCAGGAUGCUCCUGCAGGACGCAAAGACCAGUAGCUACCUGAACGACAAACUCACCAGCUGAUAUUGUGCAGAACAAACCAGUGAGCUCCGCUGGAUGUAUCUGGUUGUGUAUAAAGUGUAUAAACCUCUGUCUCUAACGUUUAAAAAAAUGUUUCGAUGAAGAAUAUUUUUUCUAGUUAUUCGUGUCUUCAACUCAUCAAUAGAGAAUCAUAACAUCUCAAAAGAAUACAUUUAAGAUUGACCACUCUGUCAAUUAUAUUUAAAUUAAAAAAUAUAUGAUUAUA